AUGAAUUCAGGAAAAGAUUUUAGACUGUCCAUUACUCCAGAUGAAAAUGUCAGUGCUAUUUUACCUUCAUAUUUUAUGUAUAAGGCAACAGUGGGUGUAAGUGUACUUACAGCGGAACAAAUGGAAACUCAAAACAUUGAUCCUCCAACGUAUAUCAAUGAGAGCAAUCAGGGUUUGAGUAGUUCUUCAAUUUCACCCAUUCUGACCGUUGACUCGUCCACAAAUUCUGUACAUACUCUGCAAUUUGCAUUAUCCAGUGAAAGUCAUGUACCAAUUAGUAAUGAACACCAAGUUGGGUCUGAAGAAAAAAUACUAGAUAACGUAUACCGUCUUCCCAAUUUAUCAUUGUAUCCUAAUAUAGUUGGCGACAACAUUCGACUAGAAAUUCAUUUCACAAAGGAAAUUGGGGAACUUGGUAAAAAACCAGAAUUUAUAAAUCCUUUCGUGUAUGAGUAUCAACAAGGUGAUGUGAUCAGUGGUUAUAUUGUUAUUGAGAAUGCAUCACCAAAACCAAUACCCUAUGACAUGUUUGUUGUUUUAUUUGAAGGGAUAUUUAUGAUUGUCAAUUCAGAUCAUGGAAAGCCUGCAGUGCCAGUUAAAAUGAAAAAGUUCUUGGAAUUAUUUGAUUUUUCAGCAAGUUGGACAGAGGCAACAAUUAAUAGAUUACGUUCAGAAUCACACAAUCCAUAUGUUUGGCUUGAUUUUGUUGAUCCUGUAGAUGGUAUAUCAAUAUCAUUGAGUAAUGAAAAAUUUCUUAAACCACAUAAAAAGUAUAAACGAUUUUUCACUUUUAAAAUUCCACACAAUUUGCUAGAUUCAGAAUGCAAUAACCAUAACUUGUCUAAACAUGUUAAGCUACCACCCACAAUUGGCGUUACUGCAAAGAAUGAACAACACGUUGAGUCAUCGAUUUCUUCCAGUCAAAAGUUUGAGGAUUUUUCGUUUUUAGACACAUCAAUAUCAUAUGGUGUAACUGCCAGAUUUAUAGGAAGAGUACAUCCGAUUGAACAGGAAUUUGGAAAAAUAAAUAUUCCAUAUUCAGAUAAAGGGUUACAGGAUUCGAAAGGUGAUCCAUUCAUAGUAUUAAAAGAAUUAACCAACUAUGUUAGGGUUAUUCCCCAAACCUUCAUUCUCACUGAAGAAGCUAUGUCACUGAAAGCCAUAGAAAACCAGAUUUUAUUUCAGAAUUUGAUACUGAGAAUUGAAGAGAAGAUUAAAUCUGGUAAAGAAUUGAUCAAACAAGUUUCAAAUGCCACUACUUCAAACGAUUCCAAUAGAGAGUUAUCAGUUGUAGAAUUUGAUGUUGCGAAAAGAGAACAAUUAUACAAGCCAGAUGUACUCCUGGAAACCAAAGAACAAUCCAGUUCUCUCAAACAUUAUGAAUCGUUCACGUUGUUUAACAAAAAAUCAUUCACUGGUACAAGCACAAUUCUAGGAGUCUUGCAUUUGUCCACUCCAAAAGUUAAUUAUUGCAUAGAUUAUAUUCCACCUAAAGAAUAUAGAAUACAGACAAAUACCAAUCCCUCUUGGAAGCUUAAAAUGCCUUUGAAAAUCUCUAUAAAGUCAUUUGAAUCUUCCGUAAAGAACCAUAAUCUCCCAACCAUCAAAUCGGUUACUGCUGAUUUGGUUGUGGUUACUAUCAAAUCUCCCAAGUAUCCCAUCCCAAUAGAAUUCGACCAUGAAAUGGUUUGUAACAAUGAAACAGAUAUAUCAUUUGAGGAAACUAUAUUCAAGAACAAUAUGGUUGAGCCAUUUAAAGAGUAUGCCUUAGAAUUAUAUCAGCUUUCACAAAAACUUGGAGAAGAGAAUUUCCAAAUUGAAAGGCAAUUGACUGAAGAUAUUAAAGCCAUGUGUCAAUUACAAUACAAAAUUUCAGAAUUACACGUGGCCAACUUGAAAAUAAAUGGACACUCAUGGAAUAAAAACACGAUCAAUUGGCCUAUUUCUAAGAAAGAAGCCAAUGUAACUGUAGAUGUUGCCAUAAAUUUAGAAUAUUUAUCACAUCAGCUUCUAAAGUCUUUACCCGAAUCACUAAAAUCUUAUAAUAGAUUCAAUUUUGUUCCUGAUUUCCAAAGUUGUUACAUGAGUAGAUUAUACUAUAUCAAUCUCAAUAUUGUGUUAUCAUGUGGUACCAAAUGUCAACUAAAAGUCCCACUUCAGAUUCAAAAGAGGUGA